AGGCUUUAACCUUGACAGGAAAAUUUAACUAACCUACAUGUCAGUGAUGUUAUGUUAUGAGUGUUUGUAUUCAAGGAUGAUUACAAAAUGUUGAUUUAGAGUGGUUACAUGUGAUCAGUGAUCUGUGGAUUUUAUUUUAACUUUUAAUGAAAAAUAGAUUCUAUAAAAGUUAACUGUAAAAAAUGCCUGUGUCAGCAGAAUUGCCGAACCUCGAUCAUGUAUAUGCAAAAUGGGAGAAUAGAGGACCGAAGGGUAGGAGUGGUCCACCACCAGGGGGCACUGACAGAAGUCGGGAACCAAUGAGAGUCAAACCGUCACAGAACGGGGAUGCUGAGCAGGCAUUACAGUCGGGAAGAAGAAAAUGGCGUGAUAAGUUUGGUGAUAAUGUGAAACCAUUAGAGAGAAGGCGUCCGCGAGAGCGAAACAGACUGGUAGCCUUACCUGCAGAAGCGGUACAAAAUGCCACCAUUGCACAGUUCAAGACGUCACCUUCGAUUUUACCCGAACAUUUUAGCUCAUCAAGACCUAUGAUGGGUCAUUGCUGCUCGUGCAUGCCAAAUAGUCAAAAAGAUUUGAUAACUUCUACAACAAGUACGGAGGGUAUGAGAAAUAUACUGGACGUCAGGCAUGAACUAAGAGGGAGUGGUUUGUUGUCACGUCAGUUCUCUACACUAGUCUAUUCAUGGAGGACGAGAACACAACAUAAAUACCCAGAACUGAGUAUGGCCACACUCACUAGCCAGAGAGUGCUUGAUGUCAUACAUGCAGAAUUAUUGGCAGAAGAAGUACAACAAGACCAAGCGAAGUUAGAGAAGAGAGCUAGAGAUAUUCUACACAAUAUGAAAUCCAAAAUCUCUAAUGUUCUCACAAAAUUGACAGGAACAUUUCUACAUUAUUUCUUGAGCCUCAUGCUGAGUGGUCUGGUUGUACAUAAGGGGCAGAUGAAAAUGGUGAAGACAGCAUCUAAGAGAGGUGUACCAUUGUUGUUCUUGCCACUACACAAGAGUCAUCUAGAUUAUAUCAUCAUAACAUUUAUAAUGUGGAAUUACGACAUUAAAAAUCCUAACAUAGCUGCUGGGGAUAACCUUAAUAUCCCGUUGUUUGGUUUCCUGAUGAGAGGGCUUGGAGGGUUUUUUAUUCGUAGAAAAUUAGACAAAUACAAUGGGAAGAAAGACACCAUAUAUAGAAGUGUUUUACAUUCUUAUAUGGAACAGUUGUUAUGUGAAGGAGAAAACUUGGAAUUUUUCUUAGAAGGUGGUCGAAGUCGUACUGGAAAGGCGUUACAGCCGAAAGGUGGCCUACUGUCAAUAGUGGUAGACUCGUUAACAAAUGGGAUUGCAGAGGAUCUGUAUAUUGUGCCAGUCAGUAUCAGUUAUGAGAAGUUGUUGGAAGGUAACUUCAACAAUGAACAGAUGGGUGUGGCUAAAAAGAAGGAGUCAUUUUUUGGUGCUAUCCGUGGAAUCUGGUCAGUAAUGAGAAAUCAUUACGGAAAUGUGAGAGUCGACUUCGCUCAACCAUUUUCAAUGAAGGAGUUAAUGCUAGCUUGUCAGCUUCAGAGCCCCUCACUGAGCCCUGACUCAUCCACGGGAGAUUUCAGCAAUCCUGGUUCCCCACCUAAUAUUGUUCGUAUCAGUAGUUUAACGUCCCUGUACGGAACCGACGUUGUUACUGAGGAUCAGAGACAACUAGUCAACCGUGUUGGCCUUCAUGUGUUACACACUUGCGUGCAGACGUCAGCUAUAAUGUGUACACAGUUACUGUCAUUUCUCCUUCUUACCAAACAUAGACAGGGAACAUCAUUGGACACACUGGUGAGAGAUUUUGUGUGGAUUAGGGAGGAAGUAUUGGUACGGAAGCGAGAUUUGGGGUUCUCACCGUCAUCAAGCAAUAGAGAUAUAGUGUGUUAUUCCUUGUCCCUUCUAGGACCUAGUCUCGUUAAUUGGAGAACGGAUGGAGAAAAGGGGGAAAAGGAAGUGGUUCCAGCUAUAGAUAUACCGUCAGUGUUUGCCCUCAGUUACUAUAGUAACAAUGUUAUUUCCGUCUUCUUAUUGGAGAGCAUUGUUGUAAGUUCUGUGAUAUAUCUAAGUGACAUCAGUCUCACAACCCUGGAAACAUCAACACCAGGGGAGAUAAUUCUUAUGUCAAGGGAGGAAAUCCUAGAAACAGCUGUCCAGUUGUCUACCCUGCUGGAAUAUGAGUUUAUUGCUGUACCGCCAUGUACAAUGUUAGAAGAGGUACUCGCUGAUACGUUAGAUUCUCUAGUCACGUCCGAGCUUCUCAAGAUUGAUGACCAUCAAGAUCAGUAUGAUACAUAUGAGAAUGUACAUGAUCGUCAGUGGGCAACAAGAUUGUCGGCCAGUUUGUCGUGGGCAGACGGCGAUGAUGAUGAGGAAGAUUACUAUCAACCAGAACAGAUGUUACGAGUAAACUUAGAGCAUGAAGAUUGUAAAGGAAAGCUGAAAUUUUUCCACUCGAUAUUGGCUCCAUUUUUCGAGGCUUACCUCAUCACUGGUCACAAUAUAAGCUCAAUGACGGAAGAAGAUAUGACAGAAGGAGAUUUUAUGAAGAAUUUACACAAUCAUGCUAAAACAAGAGUUACUGAUGGAGUGGCAAGCUAUGGUGAAAGUGCGGCCCUGGAGACAUUGAAGAGUGCUGUUAAAUCGUUUAAAGAUCUUCGUAUCAUAGACUGUUAUAAUGCCGGCGGAGUUAGCAUGCUCGACCUUCAUGGCAGGUACGAUGUGCGAGACUCACUCAACCAAUACAUACAGAUGCUGGAGAGUCUGCGCGGUUAAAGUGGUGCUUUUAACAAAUCCAAUUUCGACACUCUGACAAUAUUACUGCCAGAGAAUCUUAUAAGUCAAAGAUUGUUCACUAAACAUAUUCAAGAUUUUCGACACCAACUAAUAAGUGCAGAUGCUUAAAAGCCUGCAAGGUUUAUAUGUUCUUUGGAAAAAAUAAAUUAUUUCAACUAUACAAAUACCUACAGAAUACAAAUACAUACAGAUAGUGGUAUAGCAAACAGGGUCUUAGCAGACGUUUAAGAUUUUCGACUCUGUACAAUUGAUUAAUCCUGAUUGGUUCACUGUUUACUAUUAAAAAUAAGGUUCAAGAAUGAGGACACUUCUUCCUAAAAACCAGAACAAUAAAGGUUGUUAUGAGAUCAAUACAGGUUGUGGGUACCCAAAUGAGAAGGAAAUCUGUUUUUUUUAUAUUGUUCUUGUUGCUUUGUCUCAGCUUUUGAAGAAACAGUUAAUAUACUUAGAUUUGUAUGAUAAAUAUAAUACUGAUUUGUAAAUUGUGAUCUCUUUUUGAUGUUUGUAAUGUAUUUUUUGUUUACUUGAUUGAAAAACAAUAUGUUUGGCAAAUCUAUGUUUCCAGUAGGAAACUAUCAUAGCUACUAAAUUUUUGUUAAAUGGACUUAUUGGUCAAUGAAUUAGGGAUUACAGUAUCAAAUUUUCAUUAAAGUAAGAAGCCAACUGUGGCUAGACUCUUUAUUGAUUGUGAAGGCAAAUUAUCAUUCCAAGGCAAGUCAUUUUUAAUAUCUACAAUUUAAAAGUUAAAAUUAUGAUAUUUAAAUAAAGUCCCGAAUAUACACUUGAGAAAAUACUCAUUAAUAUAAAAUGAAUGGUUAUAUACAUGUAUAUCUUUUGUUAGUUUAGGGUUUGGAGAAAUUGAACCAUUUAGUUUAAAGCUGCAUACCUCCAGAUGAACCAAAAUAUUUUAAGGAAAUCAAAUUUGAGAAAACGUACUGAGAUCCGAAAAAAGGUUAAAAAAACAAGAUAAAAGUAAUAAUUUCCAUGUAAUCUGCAAGGAAUGACUGAUUUUACAGUAUUUUUCACCAUAUUUCUGCUGGGUUACUAACCCAGUAAGGGUUAUUUUUGCAUAUUUUGACCUCUCUUUGCUAACUGACAUGGAUUGUAAAUGCUGCUUCCAAUGUGAAAAUUAUUUUCUUUGUUCACAUCACAAUAUUUUACUUUCUAACACAUUAUCAAAUUUCACAUGAAAAUUUAGAGGCCUGCUUUAAACUAUAUCUUAUUUCAAACAUAUAUACACACUAUGUAGGUACAAUCAAAUUAGAAUAAAGGAUUGAAUUGAAAGGGUAAAACUUUAUUAGAAACUCUUCUACUCAUAUAUUGUUUAACCAUUUAAUUGUUACACAUUACCCACAAUUUGAAAUUGACUAAUUAAAAAGUUUUGGGUUGAGUCUGAAUUUCUGUCUCUGUUUUAUAGACUUUGAGUCUGAUAUGAUUACAUUUAAUUAUUACUUGAACUUGAAUUAAUAAAUACAGUAAACUCUGUAUUAAACAGACAUGGUAAAUUAUGAUAAAGAAUACAGUGCAACCUGUCUUCACAGAUCAGUUGUGAAAUACUAAAUGUAGGCUUUGUUUUCAGGUUGUGCCUCAUUACAAGUUGCUUUUUGCAUUUUGUUUUAAAUCAUUUCAAUUUUGUUUAUAUUAUAGAACUUUUUAAGAAAUGAUUUGAUACUAACUGCAUAUUUGUACUAAAUUGUAUUAAAAUAAAUGUCAAUAUAUGUAAGAUAUUCAAAUUAUUUGGAAUAUAUCAAGAAUAGAUUUUCCAUGCUUGUGCCUGUUUGUGCCUGAAAUAAUGUACAGAAGGGCACCUGAGGUCUUCCUCCACCAGUAAAGCUGGAAAGUCAGUAUAUGGCCUAUAUUGUGUAGCAGCUAUGUAAACCAAACAAACAAAUAUUCCAUGCAUAAGUGACAGAAAAACAUUGUUUUUAUGAAAAUUAAAGUUGUCUUUAUGUUCAGUUAUAUUACAAUAUUUAGGAAUAAGUUUGAAAAAUUAAAAAAAUCCCCACUUCCAACAAUUAAUUAAUAUUUGGUUGUACUAACUAAUAUGUUGUAAAUAUUUAGGAUUACAAUUAAAGGCCCACUAUGUCUCAGAAAUGCUGUCAUUUUUAUUUCUCAAAAACUGUUUAUUUUUGGUAUCUUGUUACAGAUU